GUUACGCAAGCAGGGGUUGCCUUGCUUGUGCAGCUUUGCUUGACCUUGGUCGGGGCUGGGGUGUUCCUCCUCCUCAAGAACCUGCUGGAUCAUUAUUCCUGGGGGAGAGCCAUCCGCCUACCCUUCGGCCUAGCCGUCAUCAGCUUGGUUGUCUACGCCUUCCUUUACCUUCAUCCCCUCAGUGCCGAAGACCUGCACUUCUGGGGCCUCUUCAUCACAGGACUUCGACCGGAAUCUUGGAAAGUUGAGUUCCACGUGCUCGCCUCUGGCUUUGGAAAUUUCCAGGCGCACGCCUUCUUUAGCCAGCCAUGCAUUUCCAUCGUGGUGUCCUAUGCGGUGCUGUCCACCCUUGCCUUCACCUUCUACACCGUCGGUUUUCAGGAACUUGCUCGGGAUCCCACGAUAGAGCUCGCGAAGGAGAUCCGACUCGUUGGGAAGACCAACAUUGCGCUAGCGCCUUUUGCAGGCGUGCCAGUAUCCCACGCAAUUAAAGUCUGGGUAGUGAUGCGAGAUGCUGGGGCCAAGACUCGGUGGUGGGUCUUCCUCUUUGCAGUCUGCUACAUGGUCCUGUACUUCGACUCCACUUUAAGGUCAACUCUCAGCCUCGUGCCGAAAUGCGCGUUUGGGGCCUUGGUUUGCUCUUUAGGCUAUGAGUUCUUGACCAACUCUUUAGUCGAGUCCCGGGAGCGGAUUGCUGCUACAGAGUGGCGCGUUGUUGUUGUGACUUCAGUCAUUACCUACCUCAACGUUCUGCUGGGCAUCCUUUUUGGUGUUGUUCUCACCACCAUCUUCUUCAUGGUGGAAUACUCUGGCAUGACCGGUGUGACCCAAAAGGCCACUAUAGCGGAGGUGCGAUCUCACGUGGAGCGCGAUGAUUCACAAAACCAGAUCCUUGACCGGCAUGGACCAGAUGUCGCUGUGUUCUGGUGUGCAGGUUACAUCUUCUUUGGCACUGCCCAAGACAUCGUUGAGGAGUUGCAGGCGUCCCUAGAUGCAUGCCCGUCUACUCGCAUCAUCAUCCUGGACUUUGAGCAGGUGCCUGCUGUAGAUGCUUCUGGUGUGCAAGCCUUGGUCAACUUUGCGGAGGUGUGCCAGAAGCGGCGACCAUCGGUCACCAUAGCGGUCAGCGGCGUUGUGCGACGCCUUCAGCUCUCUUUAGACAGGUGCAUGCGUGCCUGCAACGUGGAGAUCAAGAUCAGCUCGCACCGCGUGGAGAAGAUGCUGGAGUGGGCUGAGGAUUGGCUCUUGGCAGGCCGUGCUAAUGGCGCCAAAGGCUUGAAAUCACAGCGCUCAGAGCAUCAGCUCUUGGCCUCCAAAUUGGCUGGCAAGGUGCCCACAAAAGAGCAGGACGAGCAGGAGCUCCGUCACUUCGUGAAUGAGUUUUUGCAGGAGAUCGCUCCUUCUGCCCAAGCCGAGGAGCGCGCGGGCGUUUGCGAAAAGCUGGCGAGGUUCGGCAGCAAGCUCAAGACUUUCACACGGGAGGCCCAGAUUCAUGCGGAAGGCCAACAAGCCAAGCACUUGACCUACGUGCUGAGUGGGUCAGUGAGCCUUGUACAGAAGAUCAGCCCUGACGAAUCUUUGGCUUACAAGGUCCCCCGGCACCACCUGAAUGAAGAAAAGGGUGAUAUCUUCGCAUUCGAGGAAGAACUGGACAUUCGAGUUCGCAAGCUGACCCAUGGCUCACUGCUUGGAGCACUAGAGUUUGGUGCUUUCUGCAACAGCACAGUGUCCACAUGGCAUGCCAGCGCUUGUGCAUCCCCAGAUUGUGUGGUACUUCAGGUGCCCUUUUCCACGCUGGAGGCUGCCAUGAACUCGAACCAGUCUGUGGGGCAUGCGGUGAUGCGUUGGCUCUUCCAGCUUGCUUCUGUCCAGGUCUUGGAUGUCCUGCAAGGCGUGCGCGUAAAGCCAUACCGGCGCAUAGACCAAGAAGGUGUCUUCAAACGUGCAACGAGUUCGAUGGCCUCACCAGCCCUCAAUGGUCAGACUACGCCAUACAGUAAGUUCCUAUAG